AUGGCUGCUCCGCAGCUUUUGCCGCUGGAACUUAUCGACAAGUGCGUCGGCUCCAAGAUAUGGGUCAUCAUGAAGAACGACAAAGAAUUCGCGGGCACGCUGCUUGGCUUCGACGACUACGUCAACAUGGUCUUGGAGGACGUGACUGAAUUCAACUAUGACGGACAACACACGAAGCUGCCGAAAAUUCUGCUGAACGGGAAUAACAUAUGCAUGUCACUAUUCGAUCACUUCGAUUGGCUCGAGGAACUGAAAUGCGGAAAUUGGCAUCAACAGAAAGCAAUGAUGAGAGUACUUGAGAAGGAGACGUCAUAA